CAGAGUUUACGUCGGCAGGUCCUGGUGGUGGAGGAGAGGGGACGUGGAGCGUGCACAGUGAACGAGCCUGGCAGCGGGAGCGCGCGUAAAGGAAGGAGCGGAAGGAAGGAGUCGAGGCAGACCAGAGUCCCCCGGCGUAGCAAGACAGUGGAUGAACGGAGCCGCCCGUGUAUUUUGGUUGCAUUGCAUCUUUCUAGCCGCAAAGGACCAGGCCGACUAUGAUGAUCCUACUGGCGAAUCUGAUGGCGGUGUUGGUGUGCGGAAGCCAAGCUGCCCUGCAGGUUUCCAUAUCCUUGAACAAGGUGGAGUUGAGCGUUGGAGAGUCCAAGUUCUUCAUCUGCACAGCGAUUGGCGAGCCGGUGAGGCUAGAGUGGUACAGUCCUCAGGGGGAGCGGAUCCAGCCCUCUAAGCGGAUGGCCCUGCACACCGAGAUGUCCAGAUCCCGGCUAAUCAUCUACAACGCCAUCAUCGAGGACGCCGGAAUCUAUCGCUGCCAGGCCACCGAUGCCAGCGGUCAUACAGUGGAGGCCUCAGUAGUGCUGGAGAUCUACCAGAGGCUGACUUUCCGAGACGUUCAAUCGCCACAAGAGUUCCGCCACGGUGAAACGGCAGAAGUCAUCUGCGAUGUUAUCAGUUCACCCGUGCCGGAGGUUGUGUGGUACUACCAGGGCCGAGAGAUCACCACGGAGCACCACAGCAGGUUUAAGGUGCUUCCAAACAACAGCCUGCAGAUCCACCAUAUGACCAAGGCGGACGAAGGCGUGUACCGCUGUGAGGCCAGUGUGGAGGCACGUGGUGAAAUCGACUUUGUGGACAUAGCCGUGGUGGUCAACGUCCCUCCAGUCCUGUCAGUUUCACAACAGUCGUUCAACGCCACUGCAGACUACCAGGAGUCGGUCACCUUUACGUGCAUCACCUCCGGAUCUCCGGAUCCUGUUGUCACGUGGCACAGGAAAGGCCAGCAGCUGGAGCCAUCAGAUCAGUACAUUCUCAGUCGACUGGAAGGGGGGCGGGGCAUGCUGACCAUCCGCAACAUACGCCAGGGUGACGGAGGCUUUUACUAUUGCAAGGCCACCAACAAGGCGGGUUCCCAGGAGAGAGAGCUCUUUCUCAAAGUGUUCAUUCAACCUCACAUCACGCAGCUGAAGAACGUGACGGCAGUGGAAGGCAAUGCCGCUAUGAUCUCCUGUGUCGCUGAGGGCGAACCCCUACCAGACAUAUCCUGGAGGCGAGCCAGUGACGGGCGAACUUUUGUGGAUGGAGACAAGAGCCAGGAUGGACGCUUUGAGGUUCGCGGACGCCAUGGCAAGUCGGUGCUGACCAUCAGCAGCGUGAAGUUGGCAGACCUGGGUCGCUUUGACUGCGAGGCACUGAGUAGGAUCGGAGGCCAUCAGAAGAGCAUGUUUCUGGACAUUGAGUACAUACCAAAGUUCUUGACCAACCACACCAUCUACUAUUCUUGGGAGGGGAACCCAGUGAACAUCAGCUGUGAUGUGAUGUCCAACCCGCCCGCCACCUUGCUUUGGAGGAAAGAGCACGUCACCAUCUCUGCAGAGGGGACCGCCAACACUCGAGUGCACAACGGCAUGGGCAAAUCUGUGAUAGAGGUCACUCCAAUGUCUGACAGGGACUUUGGUCGUUACAACUGCACCGCCCGCAAUAACAUUGGCAUUCGAUACCAGGAGUUCAUUCUGGCCCAGGCUGAUGUGCCCUCCAAUCCGUACUCGGUUCGCCUGUCAGCUGUCUCCCAGCGCCUGGCCACCGUCACCUUCAUGAAGCCGGACUCGCACGGUGGGGUGCCCAUCAGCUAUUAUUUAGUCCAGUACAAGGAGGUGGGCCCGCAGGACUGGAGGGAUGUCAGGUCACAUAGCGUGCAGACAACCGUGGUGCUGACCGGCCUGGAGCCCAACACGACGUAUGAGGUUCGAGUGGCGGCCGUCAAUGGGAAGGGUCAGGGCGAGUUCAGUCACAUGGAGACUUUUCAGACGUUACCCAUCCGAGAACCGAGUCCGCCUGCAGUGCACGGGCAGAGAGGAAUGGGUAAAGCCUACAAACUGGGGCUGGUCAAGCAGGAUGAUGGAGGCAUGCCCAUUGUGGAGUAUAUAGUCAAGUAUAAGACGGACAAAGAGGAGCAAUGGAUGACCAAGCUGGUUCCGGGUUCCAAUGAUUUUGCAACGCUGCAACCACUGCAGUGGAACACGAGAUACGAAGUGGAGAUCACAGCUCGCAACGUUAAGGGUCUGUCGGAGCCGACCUUUUACCAGUUCUUCAUGCCUCAGAAACCUGACAUCACAGCAGAAUCCCUGUUCAGCGGCCUGGGCCUGGGUGCAGUGGUGGGCCUUGGUCUUGGAGCGCUGCUGCUGCUGCUGGUUCUGGUGGAUGUCAGCUGCUUCUUCCUGCGCCAUUGCGGCCUGCUGAUGUGCAUCACACGCACGCUUUGCAGCAAGAAGACAGCCACCAGUGGAAAGGGCAAAGAAAUGGAGGAGGGCAAGGCUGCCUAUCUGUACACCUACAACAGCCACCCAAGCACCUUUUCAACCACAGAAGCUGCCGCUGAAGGAAGAAAAUGGCAAAGAGUCUCUCAAGCCGGAUACGAUUGAAAUCAAAUUGCAUGGCGACCACAGCAUCCACACAAAGCCAGGCGACAGCAAAGCAUAAAGGGUCCUUUCGCACCCACAAGAACAUUCGGAUCACAAGACCAAAACCUGGACAAACUACAGCACUGGAACAUAGUAGAGAGAUUUUUUUGUUCAAAGGUGGGAGGCAUGUGUAAAUAAAACUUUAGAUGGAAGCAUGAAUGCUGACGUAAAUGGAAGGCUCAUGUUGAACUAUGAUUGUAUGUUAUUUUUGUUGUGUGCUUUUUACACCCUUCUUGUGUUCCCACAGCUAUAACUCAUCUUAUCUGAGAAGUCACAGGAAUGUUUUUGGGGGUCUGCGGGCUCUGGUUGUUGUAUUUCAUGAUUCAUGACAGCGUGUCUCUCCAGGUUGGUUUAAUUGCGUCAAGGCAAGUGCUUGUCUGAAUACAUAAUGGCUGUGACAAGCAAUUGUGGAGGCCAAGCAGUUUGAUCAGGCUUCCCCUUGAUGCCUUGAAAACUGUUGACAUCCAAGCCGCGAUGUAUUAGAGGUGUGGACACGAGUCACGCGACUUGGGACUCAAGUCAGACUCCACAGUCACAAUUUUGAUGACGUCGUACUUGACAUCAUCAAAGACUUGAAACUCGACUUGGGCUUUGACGUCAAUUACUCAGGACUUGACAUGGACUUUAAUCUGAUGACUUGAAUGUGUUGAGUAAAAUGUGUCCUCAUUCAUAAUAUUCAACUAUUUUGUCUUUGAAUCUGCCUCAAUGCGUCUUAACACCCAAUCAGGUUUAAGAACAAACAACAAAUGUGUGGAUUACAUAAAAACCUGAAUGCUAGGCCAAGACUAAGGAGCUGUCCACACAGAAUGUUUUCAAGUAUUUUAUAAUUUAAGCCUUUCAUCAACACAGCUACUGCGUUCUGGGUGGCCUGAAGCGGUUUUAUGCCUUCCAGAAACGAUGAUGUCACUGCCCCGUCGCGGUCACAUGACCAGGAGUGACAAGCCAACAAAAUAUCAGAAUAUUUUGACUGGCAUGAGUCACAGCGGUCAACAUUGUUCUGAUAUUUUUUUGUCUUAUCCUCGAAAAUGACUCGUAGAAGUAAUCCCACUUUGUCAUCAGUCUAGAUGAGCCUUGGAAGACGAUGCAUUUUUUUCUUCUUCUAUAGUUUUGGUGUCAUGUGGUUCUGUCUGCGUGUCUGUUUACAGCAUCACAGAUAGGUGUGCCUUAUGUAUUACAUCGUUUUUGCCUCAUGAUCUGUUCUCAUUUGGAUUCCAUGUGGCCUAUGUCUUUUUACACUGGUCUAAAAACACGUAAUAAUUGUAUUUGUCAAGUGUAAUAGAUCGUUACUUGUUAAAAAUAGCAUCUUAUUUGGUAAACAGUGCUCAUAACUAAGGACUCAAAAAUGUCAAGCCUACGACGUCGGACUGGACUCGACCAGCCUUGUCUUGAGAUCUGACUCGGACUUGCACGUCUUGACUUGAGACUUGACUGGAGACUUGAGAUGAAAGACUUGAGACUUGCAAAAGACUGACUUGCUCCCACCUCUGCCGUGUAUGGUUUUGACUGCUCAUGUUGGAGGUGUUUGCUUCAUGACUCGGUCCGAGACCCCCUCUCACCAUCACACUCCGAGGCGAUGCUUGGCGAUGCUACUGCGCCGAUCCCAAUGAUGUCAACCUCUUUUUUUGCCUGUAUUCGUCGGGUCAGGUAAAGAACUCUCUUUUUAGUUCAUCUUAAAUGAUUCAUUUGUUGUUUUGUUCUGCGUCUCCAGAAAAAAACUCAACAUUUGCAAUUCUAUUAAAAAAAAAAGAAGAAAAACACUUGUGGUGGAAAACAGCACGUGGUUUGAGGUCACUGUUGAAAAAAGCCUUUUGUACAAUGUUGACAAUGAAAAUAGUUGCCGCUGUUGCCACGUGUGAUAAUUCAGCGUGAAUUUUUGUUGUCAGUCGCCUCCAGUGGACUUUUGAAAGACCUUGAAUGUUUUCAUCCAUCAAAGCAGUUUUGUUGGUAGGACUGAACGCAGGGAUCCAAGGAAUGGAGAAGUCAACAUGAACAUUGAUGUCCUUGCUCAUUGAUGCCUCAGAUGUCUUUUCUUUGUCAGGCUGCUCGCUGACAUUGUGUGCUGUACAUAGGUGGAGAAGAAAAAAACAUAUUUUGUGAGCUUUGAUGUAAAUAUACCCUAAAAGAUGUGACUUGUUUCAAAAGGCAGUUUCAUCUUCUUUUGCCAUGUUAUAUGUGAGCCAGGCUUACACGAUGGUAGAAGUUUAGUUGUCCAGGUAUUUGUUUCCUCUGAAGCCUGAAGCAAUGUAAUCCAAAUGGAGGCAGUGAUUAAAUCAUCUGAGUCAGACACACUUUUGGAUGACAACUUUACUGCUGUUUGCCACCAAAUGUGACUGUGAGGUGUGCUGUUCCGACUUCCAGGAAACAUACUGAACACUAAGCAGAACACGAGUCCAAGUUCAGGUUGAUGUGAUGACUACUAAAUUCCCAUCCCGCGUUUGUGUGUGAGUGUGUGUGUGUGUGUGCGCCUCAAUGAAUGAAUGAAUGAAUAAUCUCCAUGCACUAGGCUGCAUGUUCACUUUUUGGAUGCAUCUGCAUGCGUUGUGUCCAGUUUUUCCACAAUCGCAGCGUCCCAAUUUCCAAAAUAAAUGAAGAAGUUAGUGUCUGGCUACUCAGAUGACUCUUUGGAUAUUUAUAAUCAUGGCCUCCUCCCGUGAAUGUGAGUAACUGAUGAUGCACUGAUGGUGUCCCCGAGUCCAUCCAUCCACCUCUCUGACUGGUUUUUGUCUCUGAUUUGUGUCUGUUUCGAGCAUCGAGCCCACGUACCGUACAAUACUACUGUAUACUUGCAUCACACCGAUGGUCUCACCAUGGAGUGGUUCCUGCUGCCUAUCACACUGACUACAUAUAUGAGAGCACAGUGCCUGGGUGGCGUUAUACUUUCUUUUUGUUCUUUUUGGAUUUGAAUAAGUCGAAAACACCCACACCCCCGCCUCUGUCCACUUUUCUAGUGGGGGUUAAAAGAGGUGUGUGAUCUCAGUGUACAGUGUGUCCUCCUUGUCUCCCUAUCCUCCACACCAUUUUGGACCUUUCUUGCUGAGUGUGCUUUGUGCAGGAAGUGGGAAUAUUGAUGUCUCUCUGUAUGUACCUGUGCAACACUUGUGACUCCUGUCAUUUGCCGCUGUAAAUAAACAUGUCCUGGUAGAAGAGACAAUGUUUCGAGCUAUGACUCUGUGG